CACUACUCGCCUGCAAGCAUAACUGCCAUUCGAAAAUUUCCCCACCCCGAUCGACGAGAAAGCUUUCGGAGUCGAUUGCAUCGUGCGUUAUCCUUGUCAUCCUCCGAGUCUGAGGAUCAUCGGAGCCCAUUAAGAUCGGCUGCGGGUGAUACCACAGAGGACGACGAGUUCACUCAGGAAGAGGAUGACCACUCUAGCCGUCAGAGACGGGGCAACGCCGUAAACAUAGUCGAGGAUGACGCUCGACAUGACUGUAAUUCAGGUCCAAGACUUGGAGUGGAGCUGAGUCUGCCACAAGAGCCAGAUCUCUCUGGGAAACGUAACAUAAUCGCUUUCCAAUGCAUUGCAGAGUCUAUGCAGAACUCACUGAGCAACCAAACCACCUGGAAUGAAGCUAUCCGCAGUGACCUGGACGAGAUUCGCAGUCGGCUGGCGGCUGUAGAGGCAGUUAUAGAGAUGACGGCCAAAGAUAGAGAGAACAAUACGGCCGAGGGUAAUAGGACUAGGCGCACGCGUCGUUCCUAG